ACCCACUCCAUUACCACCAUUAUACUCGUCUCCACCGUCGUCACUCUCCACGCGUGCAAGCGCUUGGCUUCCAUACUGUACUGUAUACAUCUGGUGCAGAUACAACUCCACCGGCACACUCCCUUGUCACCACACAAGCACCACCGUCCCUCGGCCGGAAAGAGUGAAGACUUCGAUUCCUCCGGCGCAUGAAUUCUUGCCUUGGAAACACACCUGGGCACAUACCUAGUAUAUACCUAGGUAUACAUAUAUAUACGCACACCCUCACACCCAAGACUUGUUCUCGGAGCUUGUCUCGAUCCCACCCGCUCUUGCUCUGACAUCACUCUCAACCUCUGUUGGAAUCCCCAUUGACACACCACUACCGAAACCUCCUCCGGCGAUCCCUUUUCGAUCUGUGCUGCUGCGGAUAAUGCCAACAGGGCCGCGAUCCCUUGACCGAAUUUAGCAAAUGUCACCUACUCCUCCACGAGCUUCUCCCGACCCACACCCGCCUCACAUCGACUCCCCUCGGACCCUGCGGCAUAUUCCCCUCACCUUCGACAAUGCCAAUGCGGAUCAGAGCGCCCUGGAGUUGGUGCAUGAGAUCUGUCCGCAAUGGGCGCUAGACGAUGGGCCGAUUGAAUUCAUCCGGUUCACAGAAGGCAUCACCAAUACAUUGACCAAGGCGGUGAAGAGACGGCCGGGACAAACCAAGUCGCAGAUCGACCAGGACGCUAUUCUGCUGCGCGCGUACGGUCAAGGCACCGAGCUGCUGAUCAAUCGCGAAAGGGAAUUACGGGCCCACGGACUUCUCGCCGACGUCGGCCUUGCACCAGCUCUACUGGCAAAAUUCGAAAAUGGCUUGCUAUACAGGUUCGUGGAGGGCGAGGUCUGCACACCAGAGGACCUGAGAAAACCAAAGAUCUACCGGCAGGUGGCCAAACGACUCGGACAAUGGCACGGCAGCCUCCCCGUGACUCCACUCCUGACGACAUCGCCGAUAAAUGGUCACGCCGAUCAUAAGUCCUGCAACUCCUCUGCCGCAGCGAAGAGCUUGCGUCCGAUCCCGAACCCUUGGACUGUGAUGGAGUCAUGGCUGGAGGCACUUCCGAGCGACACGGCCGAACAAAAGCAACGGAUACAGGUUCUGGGCGGGGAGGUGGCAGAAGUCACGGCAAAGCUUGCCAACACCCCAGGACUGCUGGGAAAGGACUACAUCUUUGGACACUGCGAUCUGCUCUGCGGAAAUGUGAUUGUCUCACCACGAGCCGAGUCGGGAGGUCCCACCAAUGGACACUCUGAAGACGACGAGCGACCCGUGGACUUCAUCGACUACGAAUACGCCGCACCGAGUCCCGCAGCAUUCGACCUGGCUAAUCAUUUCGCCGAAUGGGCCGGACUCGACUGCGAGUACGGCGCUGUCCCGACUCGAUCGCAGCGUCGGGAAUUUCUCCAACACUACGUCGCAUCCUUCUACGCACACUCCCCGGGCAAGGAAACGACUCCCGCUCCUUCAGAUCUCGACAAAGACAUCGACACGCUCUUCGCCCAGGUCGAUGACUUCCGCGGCAUCCCGGGUCUCUUCUGGGGCAUCUGGGCCUUGAUCCAGGCGCAGAUCAGCGAGAUCGACUUUGACUACGCCAGUUAUGCCGAGCUGCGGCUGAGCGAAUAUUGGUCGUGGAAGGCGGAGACGGACGGAUCACGGGCUCGCGAUGGGAAGGAAAUCCCGGUACGUGAGCGUCGGUGGGCGGAGGAAUGAUUAAAAUCGCGCCAGAGGGUGGCCUUGCACAUCUCGGUGAUGGGAAACUAUUUGCCUGAGAUCUGCUCUGGAAAUUCAGAGUAUGAUUCCUCAAUACGCAAGGGUGAAGGGAAAUGGUUCUCGAUACUACGCAUAAAUGCUCAUAUGUCUCUGAGAGGGGGAUAAGGCAUGUGAUUGACCUCAGCCUCAGCCUAGGUCCAUCAUAAUUACAUAGACAAGAGUCGGAGCUCGGGAACAGUUUCUGGCACUGCUUUUGCGAAUGCUCGUUGAUACACUGCCGUGGUUUGUGAAACCGGCUUCUCGGGAUUCGUCCCGUUUCUCCUACCGCUCAUAUACCAUUUCUACCAUUGAAAAAUCACUGAAAACAAAACCAGCAAUGUUCGGAACGUCCUUGUCGUGACCUGGAGAGGGUAUAUGUGAUCAAUAUCGCAAGGCCUAUAGCAUCCUGCAAGCCCUACCUACACAGCGACCACUGCUAUCACGACCCAAAUACAGAAUU